AUGGCAAAUAUCACGCACAACCUGCGCUCGCGGAACAUUGUUCAAGUUACGGGUACAGCCUCCAAAGUUACCAAGCCGAACCGGAAUCUCAGAAAGCGUCGUCCUCGCGAGGAUCCAUGGACACCCAAACGCAAGCCAAAAACGGUCCCCAAGCCUCGAGCGCCGCCUCCAACUCAUGCCACCUGUCGUAUUUGUCUGGAGGAGCAAUCGAUGGACCACUUCCCCACGUGGCUCUCCAGAUCACGUCGCCUUCAACUUGCACAUGCUGGACUCCAGGGAGAUGUACCGCGGGAGUGUAUCGAGCACCUCUGUCGCAAUCCAUACCGCAAGAAGAUUGACCCAGUGUGUAAAGUCUGCAUUGGCAGAUCAAUGUCCGCUCGUUUGGACUUAGUUGGUGCACGAGAAGUCGGUAACGGAUGCCUGGAGCCUACAUGUAGGUAUGCAUGGAGCUGGAACUUCAUCGUGAAGUAUAUGCCGGACGGAGCCCCGUUGGAGAAAUUUAACAUGGAGAUGUAUGAAGUCUACAAACGCGAUCCGAUCAACAAGAUGAUCGAAUGCAUCGCACCUGGAUGUGAAGCCAUCGGGCUAUUGGAUCAGAUGGCGCCUGGGUAUCCGCAGGUCGCAUGCCAUACCUGUGAUCUUCGAUUCUGUGCCCGGUGUCUUGUGCCCUGGCAUAGCGACCUUUCAUGUGCUGAGCACGGAGUCAAGCACGUUGACGAACAGAUGAGCGACACGGAAAAGGAAACGCUCCAGCUCAUGCAGACCAAGGAUGGGAAGCGCUGCCCAAACUGCUAUCUCGUGAUUGAGAAGGACGGGGGGUGCGACAGCAUGUUUUGCACGGGGUGUCAUAAGUACUUCAAUUGGGUUACUGCAGCCUCAGCGGUACCCGGGGCUAAGAAGGCUGAGCCAUGGGUUCAUGAUGAUCCGUAUAUGCAUCGGUCUUCGACAUUGCCUGUGAUUUGCGAGGCAGAUAUGACGCAGGCUGGCGUUGCAUAA